AUGCAUCUGUCUCAGAUUCUGGUGUAUCUUAGCUUGCUGAUUGCUUUGGGUCCAGUGGGUCUGGGUGACCAAACGACGCACCAGCAAGGCUCGACCACCGUUACGGAAGACGCGGAGCAGUGCGCGACGUGCGAUGUCCGGCAGCAGAUCAAAACCAUGCGAUUAAACGCGAUCAAAUCCCAGAUUUUGAGCAAGCUGCGACUCAAACAAGCGCCCAACAUCAGCCGAGAUGUAGUGAAGCAGCUCCUGCCCAAGGCGCCGCCGCUGCAGCAACUGCUCGACCAGUACGAUGUGCUCGGAGAUGACAAUAAAGAUGGGAUUAUGGAAGACGACGACGAACACGCAGUUACGGAGACAAUCAUGAUGAUGGCCACUGAACCCGAAUCCAUCGUCCAAGUGGAUCGGAUACCGAAGUGCUGCUUUUUCUCCUUCAGUCCGAAGCUGCAAGCCAAUCGAGUGGUCCGUGCCCAGCUCUGGGUUUACCUCCGGCCGGCCAGCGAAGCGACCACGGUGUUUCUGCAGAUCUCCCGCCUGAUGCCGGUCACAGACGGGAACAGACACAUACGGAUCCGGUCCCUGAAGACCGACGUAAACGCCGGUAUCGGCUCCUGGCAAAGUAUAGACGUCAAACAAGUGCUGACCGUGUGGCUGCGACAGCCGGAGACGAACUGGGGCAUCGAAAUAAACGCGUUUGAUUCAAGCGGGAAUGACUUGGCCGUGACCUCCGCAGAGCCAGGAGAGGAAGGACUGCAACCAUUUAUGGAGGUGAAGAUCUCUGAGGGCCCCAAGCGGGCCAGGAGAGAUUCAGGCCUGGACUGCGACGAGAACUCACCAGAAUCCCGGUGCUGCCGCUACCCGCUCACGGUGGACUUUGAAGACUUUGGCUGGGACUGGAUUAUUGCCCCUAAGCGCUACAAGGCCAACUACUGCUCCGGGGAGUGUGAGUACAUGCAUUUGCAGAAGUACCCACACACCCACCUGGUGAACAAGGCCAACCCCAGAGGGUCCGCAGGCCCUUGCUGUACCCCUACCAAGAUGUCUCCCAUCAACAUGCUCUACUUUAACCGCAAAGAGCAGAUCAUCUAUGGCAAGAUCCCCUCCAUGGUCGUGGACCGUUGCGGCUGCUCAUGA